AUGUGGCCCUUCAAGUUCUCACAAGACGACGACAAAGACAAUCUCCGAGUGCUCUCCAAAGAGCCUCCGCUCCCUACGUUGCCACCGAAAUCAGAGCGCAAGAUGGAAACAAAGGAGGAGGAUGCAUUGGUCAGAUUUACAGGAUGGCCAAACGAACGGCUCUCGAUUCCAUUGAUUCUGCGCGCCCCCACCUUAAUGUUGGCAUCUUUUGCUUGCGGAUUCAGUUUGGGAGCUUCUCAAGGGGCUACAAAGGGCGCAUAUCGAUAUCGAGCCGAAAACGCGCAUCGUCUCCCGACAACCCAAACAGGGUGGUUUCUCUACCAAAAGUCCAAAAACUACCAUGCGAUGCUCGGUGGAAUCAAAGAAGGUGUUCGAUUCGGAUCUAUUUGUACUGGCUGGGCGACACUAUUUAUGGUCACAGAAGAGAUGGUUGAUCUGUCCAGAGCUCGCCUUUUCGCAAGAGGAGAUGACGAUGUUGCGACCGGGCAGAGGGACUUUGGCAGUACAGUUAUUGCUGGGAUGACACUGGCCGGCAUCUACAGCUGGAAAAGGGGACUGGACCAUUUUGCUGCUGCUCGAACUGCAAGGAGUGCGCUGAGAUUGUCCCUAGCGUACGGCCUCGUGCAAGAUCUGGCAGCGUCACUCCGAGGAAGCCCACCGGCUUACGUCUCGUGGCUGAAGAGAAAAAUUUCGGGGUGA